AUGUAUAGAAGCGGCACUAUCACCGCUGAGAACAGCAGGUCUCAGAGUGUCAGCUUAUUUGGACGAUCUCCUUCUUUGCUCUCCGUCACGGCAGCGAGCGGAGACGGACACGAAGUCGCUCGUGUCUCAUUUGGUGAUCUUAGGUUUCAAGAUAAACGAGACAAAAAGCUGCCUGGUGCCCACACAGGAAAUAGUUUAUCUAGGCCUCAGACUGAACUCGGAUCAGUAUCAAGCGUUUCUGUCAGAGGAGCGCAUCAGGUCAAUUCGCGGCUGUCUAUCCCUUUUUCAAAAAGGGAGGAAAGUCCCAUUCAGACUGUGUCUGCGCCUUCUGGGGCUAAUGGCCUCAACAGUCUCAGUUAUUCCUUUGGGACUGUUGCGAAUGAGAGAGUUUCAGAAUUGGACAGCGUCACUGCACUUAUGUCCAAAACGUCACCUCAACCGCAAAGUGAUGGUGUCGGCACUUUGCAUGCGCGCUCUCCGUUACUGGAAAAAACGCUCGUUCCUCGAAUCCGGGACUCCGCUGGGAGCAGUUUCCAUGAGGAAGGUGGUAACGACGGACGCAUCGCUCUCAGGUUGGGGGGCAGUGUGCGAGGGCAGAAUAGCGAAAGGGAAAUGGCCCAUCUCGCUGAGAAGUGCGCACAUAAAUUACCUGGAACUAUUAACAGUGUUUCUUGCUUUGAAACAUUUUGUGCAGUUUCUGAGGAACCACCACGUUCUGAUCAGAUCAGACAACACGACCACGGUGGCAUAUAUAAACCGCCAAGGGGGCACACGCUCUCCUCAGCUUCACAGUCUGGCACAGAAACUGAUUGUGUGGGGCAGAAAACACUUUCAUUCAUUACGGGCAACGCACGUCCCGGGAAUAAUGAAUACAGGGGCAGAUCUCCUGUCCAGGGGGAAUCCUCGGUACAGCGAAUGGAGCCUCCACCCUCAGGUAGUGGGCCAGUUGUGGAAGAGAUUCGGCCGCGCGGCCGUAGAUCUCUUCGCAUCGCGCGAAAACAGUCACUGCCCUCUGUUCUUCUCGCUAGCGAGAGACGGUGCGCCUAUGGGUGUGGAUGCCCUAGCGCACCCAUGGCCAAACGUACUGCUUUACGCGUUUCCUCCGCUAAGCCUGAUCAUACCAACUCUAAGAAGGGUAAGAGAGUACGGCCACUCAGUCAUACUGAUUGCCCCAAACUGGCCGGGGAAAGUGUGGCUGGCGGAGAUAAUGCCGCUUUUAUUCGACCAGCCAUGGCCUCUCCCGCUACGCAGAGACCUACUCUCGCAGGCGCGCGGGGAGAUAUUCCACCCCGCCCCGGACAGGGUUGCUCUUUGGGCUUGGCCCGUGAGAGGUUAAAUUUGAAUGCUACGGGAUUGCCUUCGAGGGUGAUCGGGACAAUUCAGAACGCGAGAGCUGCUUCAACGCGCUCUGCUUACGGAAAGAAAUGGAACGUUUUCGAGCAAUGGUGCGCACAUAAGCGCAUUGUUCCUUUUCUCUGUUCGGUUGCAGAUGUGUUAUGUUUUCUGCAAGAACUUUUGGACAAAGGCAGAGCUUUUUCCACCGUUAAGGUGUAUCUCGCGGCGAUUUCUGCGUGUCAUGUGGGGAUUGACGAUAACACUAUGGGUCGUCACCCGCUUGUAUGCAGGUUUAUGAGAGGUGCACGGCGUUUGAACAGAGUGUCAAGGCCACUGAUUCCGCCGUGGGACCUGUCUGUGGUCCUUAACGCACUAUCUCGUACACCUUUUGAGCCUAUAGACAGCAGUGAUCUGAAGCUCCUUUCGCUAAAGACCGCAUUAUUAUUGGCUCUUUCAACUGCAAAACGGGUUAGUGAACUUCAUGCUUUGUCGGUUCAUAACUCUUGUAUGCAGUUCACUAUGGAUUACUUGAGAGUGUCUCUCAAAACCAAUCCAGCGUUCGUGCCUAAGGUGAGCGAGUCAGCUCUAGCCUAUAAUCAAGCGGAUUUAAUGGCUUUUCAUCCGCCGCCCUUUUCGUCUCCAGAAGAAGAGCGGCUUCACUGUUUGUGCCCUGUCCGUGCCUUGCGUUGCUAUGUAAACAGAACGAAAGCGCUGCGGAAGAGUAAUCAGUUAUUUGUCUCAUGGGCUGAUUCUCACAGGGGUAAACCUAUUUCUCGCCAGCGCCUGUCCCACUGGAUAGUAGAAGCUAUUAUAGUGGGUUAUAACAGCAUGGGCCUUAGCCCUCCAGAAGGGCUGAGAGCUCAUAGUACCCGAGGGUUGGCCUCCUCGUGGGCGUGGUUUAAGGGCGUUUCAAUUCGAGACAUUUGUGCAGCGGCGAGCUGGGCUUCGCCUCACACGUUUGUCAGGUUUUACAAGCUGGAUGUUACGGAGCCGUCUUUGGCUCAUUCCGUCCUAAGUGUGUAA